ACAUUGACACAAACAUCCUCAGCAAGAUCAGCUCAGCUGGCCAGUUAUCACGCGUCAUCCUGCCACGUGACACCAAAUCGACAGUGAUCUCUGCUAUACACCUCAUGGUGUUCUUUAUACAGGGGAAAAGAGGCUCUUGACAGUUAUACAAGUAUCCUAUGUAUAAAGCAAAGAAACUCAUCAUUAAACUGAAACCAUGCAGAUGGUUGUCCACGUAUAUGUCUUCAGCAUUGGUCUCCUAGGAUUUGUAGAUACAGCCCAAGAUUGUCUGGUGUAUGACGUGGGCGGUGAUGAUGCUGCGCCUCGCUCUCCACCCAUCACCCUCAACCACCACGUCACCAUUGGUAUCUUCAAGGGCCACCACCGUGGCAAAAACUCUCGGUUUGUGGUCACAACGAAUAGAAGCAGUGGUGGGAGUGUCGAGUUCGAGGUGUACCUUGAGGCUGGGGGGAAAACUUUCGUGUUAAUGUUCAACCGAGGGGAGAUGCGACUAUUGCAGGAGAGUGCACGCAGCUCGGAGAUGGGACGGGCCAACAUUCCCCUUCGCGACACCCCCGGUAGGUGGCAGUAUGUGGGCGUGAUGGUGAGCGGUGGGUGGGUGAUGGUGAUGAGCCCUGAGCGUGGGGAGGAGGCUGUGUUCCAGAUGCAGCUUGGGGUGGACACAGCAAGGUGCCAGCUGAGCCUCUCCUCCACUUCCCGCCUCGCCAUCACUUACAACUGUAUGCCAGGGUGCCCGGUGGUGGUAAGGAGUGGCUCUGUGGUGAGUGAUGAUCUGCCCCUGGUGAGAAGUAGAUCUCUCUACCUCAGCCCCGACGCUGCCCAGUACACUGCUAUAUUCAAGGUUGAGGUGGAAACGGAGAUGGCUAAGGACACGCUACUGCUGGAGGUGCGACGUGGGCUGCUGAGGCCUCAAGAGUGGAACAGGGUAGAUGUUAAUGUGGAAGCUCGACAUGACGAGGUGGAGGUGUGGCUGGAGGUGAACGGUGAGGGAAGGGCCAGUGAUACACUGGGCGGCAGGCUGAUUUCCUCCACUCUUGGUGUGGAGGAACUCGCUUAUGCUUCACUCUCCACGCUCUGCAGGCCUGCCACUCCCAGCCACCAAGGUGUCCUCUCCCGCUGCUGCUGCCGAUGUACUUGGAUGUCUUCAGAGUUCUCCUUAGGCUCAGCAACCUCAGUCACAUCUUCAGAUUGGUCCCCCUCUCCCGUCACGUCCACUUCCACAAAGAGGUGGAACGGUGCUCCUUUUCCUGGUCCAUUGUCGGGCUCCCUGGAUCGGUACGGCCCUGAGUUCUUCCGUGAUCUCCGGUCUGGUCCUCGUCAGUGGUAGGUGACUGCUCCACAGAGUCUUCCCAGGUGUACUGCCUUGGCCCAUGAUACUGCCACAGACUAUUGACGUGGACUACCUCGAUUGCUACUUCCUUCUUCCCUUGAUCUGGUAGGUCACAUCUGAAACGCGUUACACUUCAGUCUAUGGUCCUUCCCAUGAUCUCUGCAACUUCGAUGACUGACCCUUCUUCCGCAGAGGGUUAUACAGCCAGAUUUUAUCACCGUCCUUGUAACAGACGUGGCCUGCUUUGACAUCGUGGUUGCACUUCAUCACUUCACCCGAGAACUCCAGAGCUCUUCGAACAUGAUUGUGGACCUCCGUCAACCUUUCUUGGAGGCUUUUGACAUAACUGGUGGUUUCUUCAGGAAGUUCUUCACCAGGUGGUCUUCCUUUCAGUAGGUCCACUGGCAGCCGCAGUUCGUGACCCACUAUGAAGGAUAAAUUGUUGGAGCAGGUUGCUGACGAAGGAUUGAAGAUGAGUUUCGAAGCUACAACACCACUUGGUUCCUUUUGGAUAAAAGUGAAAGCAGAAUAUCUUGAGCUUACUGAAAUUGCUCUGAAAACUCUUCUCCCAUUUCCUGCAACAUACCUCUGCGAGACUGGCUUCUCAACCAUGAGUGUCAUUAAGACAAAGUACAGGAAUAGUAUGGAUAUUCAUUCUUCAUUGCGCGUGGCACUGUCCUCAAUUGAACCACGAUUGGAUAAGCUGACAAAGAAGAAGCAGCUCACCUUUCACAUUAGUAAAGGUUAAGGUUUUAACAUGCCUAUUAUUGUGUUAAUAAAAUAAUCAUCAAUUUCAUAUUUUAGUGAUACGACAUAUUUUCAAAAUUGUUAUGUCUUCAAUUUAAUGUUGCCUAUUCCUUUCAAUCUUUGUUUUAACGUCUUUAUGCAUUGGGGUUUAAAAUAACCAAAAUAUAUAAUUUUUUUUACCUACUUUAUUCAUUAUAA